UGUCUCGUUCCUCGUGCUCUCCUCCGUCUCCCCUUGCCCGUUCAGCUUCGUUCUGCCUCUAUCGUCUCCUUCUUCUUCUUCUUCUUCUUCUUCUUCUUCUUCUUCUUCUUCUGCUUUUCUUCGUGUUCUUUUCUUCUUACGGAUCGCGAUGCCGUACAAAGACGUAUAUACGCAUACAGUUGCUCGCCCCUUCAGCUGUCACGGUGUCGUUAAACAGGGAAUCCGAGGAGGACUCGAUAGGAUGACACGUUCAACCCUUUGGAUAUCGUAGCUUCGAGCUUCUACGCGUGAAAUUUAUGUUUACCUCGGAACUUAUACCCGAUCGAGGAAACCUUUUGUUUCGACGAACAGAACGAUCCAACUUCCCGAUCCUCUCGCCUGCCAUUCUUAGCAACAAAAUAACUAGUGCGAGCAGAUGCUAGGUGAUUCGGUCUUUCUUGCGCUCGCGGUUAGGUGAUGGACCGCUAUGGCCUCGCAUGUGACAGGAAUGGCGUCUGAGAAAAAGAAAUCUGUUAUGUUCUUUAGGCAAAGGAAAGCGCAAUGCGGGUGCUCCUCUCGAAACUUCCGAGACCAUGGAUAGUUGACGAGAAAAAGGACGAUGGUUACACGGCCCUUCAUCUGGCUGCUCUGAACAAUCACGUCGAAGUUGCUGAACAGCUGGCACGUGCUGGAAAAGCUGACCUGGAUUUGCAAAACGUCAAUUUGCAAACCGCGUUGCAUCUCGCUGUCGAGCGACAGCACACGCAAAUCGUUCGUCUGCUGGUACGCGAAGGCGCCAAUUUAAACGUAGCAGACAAGGACGGUGACACGCCUCUUCACGAAGCCUUGAGAUAUCACACUUUGACGCAGCUGCGACAGCUGCAGGAUGUCCAGGACGUAGGGCGGCUCCUGAUGGGCCUGGGCGCGCAAGGACAGGACAAGAAAAGUAGCUCGUUCAUUGCUUGCUUCCUGGCUGCCCAUGGGGCUGACUUGGAAUUGAAGAACAAGAAGGGACAGACUCCGCUCGACCUCUGCCCAGAUCCAAAUCUCUGCAAAACGCUAACUACUUGCCACAAGGACAGAGAAUCGGACAACAUCGAACCGGCAGCUCCAUCAGCCACGAUCGACGAGUGUUUGGUCUGUUCAGAUGGAAAACGUGAAAUGCUUUUCAGCCCUUGCGGACAUGUAGCUUGUUGUAACGCUUGCGCGCCAAGAGUGAAGAAAUGCCUGAUCUGCAGAGAAAAUGUCCUUUCGAGAACAAAAAUCGAGGAGUGCGUGGUUUGCUCGGAUCGUAAAGCUAACGUACUAUUUCGUCCGUGUGGACAUAUGUGUGCUUGCGAAAGCUGCGCUGCCCUGAUGAAAAAAUGCGUUCAAUGCAGAGCUCAAAUUCAGCACAUGUUACCGUUGUCGAUCUGUUGCGGUAGAGGAGGCGAUGUCACUUACGUUAAAGCGACCAAUGCUUCAGGUGGAACGAUAACAGACGUGAAGAGUGAUCAAGAGGAAGAAUUAUUAUCACAACAAAAUACUGGAAGUGGAGGAGAAACACUUUUGAUGAACAACGGUAGCCGAGAUACAUCACACAGCGAUAUACAGAAACUUCAACAACAACUUCAAGAUAUCAAGGAACAGACAAUGUGUCCAGUUUGCUUAGAUCGUUUAAAGAAUAUGAUAUUUUUGUGCGGCCACGGCACCUGUCAAAUGUGCGGAGACCGGAUGUCGGAGUGUCCAAUAUGUCGGAAGGCGGUAGACAAACGAAUUUUGCUCUAUUAAAUCUAGAAAAGUGAUUAUCGUUCGGAGCUAGUGUUUCAUUUAGAUAUAUAAUAAUGAAUGAUAAUAGUAGGAAUAAUUAAAUAUUGCAUCUAUUAUCUGAUUCAAAUUUUGAAAGUAUAGAUACGUUUUAUUUUCGAUACUUUCAACCUCCACAAGACUGUAACAUAAAUUAAGAUUUUGUUAAAACUAUCAAAGUAUAUUUAUACAUAUACUGCCCAUUCACCAAAUAAAAUUUAUACUAAUUAAUUCUAAUAGUUUUUAUACUCCUAUUUUAAAAUUUUAGUAAACAUUUAUACGAAUUAAUAUGUAUAAAAUAUUUCUAUUUAAUUUCAUUGCAUCUAUCGUACAUAAGUAUUAUACCAUAAUGAAGACAUAAACAGGCUAUUCAGUGUAAUCUGUUCCACGAUUAUUCUUAUUUUGAAUAAGUAUUUCCUAAAUAUAUUCAAGCAUGCCAAACAUAUAUAUGCUUAAAAAUCUUUUAAAUAAAUGCUAUGAAAGAUAUAUACAAAUCAGAGGAAACCGAAUGCAAUAUUUACUUAUUCCUUCUUUUUUUAAUCUGUUAACGGGCUCCGUAUAAUUUGUUCCUAAUAUUAUAACUUCAGCAUAUUUUCACGAUAUAAAUAUAAUCAGGCAAUUAAAUAUAAAUAUACAUUAGGCUGAGUCAUGAAAAUGAAUUAUAAGAAUUAUAGCAAAAUGCCAAGCAAGUUGAUCGUAUCUAUGAUGAAAUAUUGAGAUCGUAUCCUAUUUAUGAAUAGCGCUUCGUUCUUAUUCAUUUCUUCAAAAUUACCAAGUUUGAUUCAGUAAUGUAAGUUAAUAAGUAAACUAUUGUUUUCUAGUAAUUGUUAUUAGUCGAAAACUCUAUUAACCAAUAUUUUUAAACAUAUAUAAUGUUUCCAUUUUACGCUGAUAUAUAGUCUAUACGCACAAUAAUUCUUCAAAGACAUUCGUUACUUAACGUUACUUCAAAUGUACAAUUAAACGUAGUACUUAUAGUGUCGAAAGCCAGCAAACACCUUUUACAAAGCUUUUGCUUUCCUCGAUUAGAAGCAAUAACGAGUGGGAUAAGAAAAUUCGUACUUUAGAAAGUAACAGAUACCCGCAAAUUCUGCAUUUCUUUUUUUAUUUUGCUGUUUUCCUUCCUGCAAUUAUACAACAAUAACGCGUCUUGUAUACAGUAAUUUAUAGAUACAAUAUUUUUUUAAGUGCUUUUUUUUUUGUUACUUUAUCAUUUCUACUACACUUUAUUAGAUGUAAUUUGUACUUACCAGUAUAUUUCCACGAUUAUAGAUUUUGCAUCCUAUAACAAAAAAUUUUAUUCCGCUUUUGUAAUAAUUAUCGAAAGGAUAUAAAUUUUUAAGACUUUCUAGUUUUUCUUGUCCCGCAAAUAAUUUGCAUGAAUUUCUUGUAAAUACUUCGCCACUUCCUGUCCUCAAUCUUAUUGCCAAUACUGUCACAUUUGCUCUCCUUUCUUGAAACUGUAUAAAGUAUCUUAUUAUUAGAAGUUUCAAUAUUCCCAAUAAUAAUGGAUACUGCCAAUUACUUUUAUAAGUCAUGAAACGUUUAAUUUAUCAUUAAAUAUCUAAUUAGUUAUAAAAAUAUUAGGAAAAUAAUUAUCAUUAUCAUUGUAAUUCAAAGUUUCCCUUAUUUCCGUAAUUUAUAUAUAUAUAUUAAAGGCAAUGAAAAGAUUACGCAGUUUAAUAAAAUUAAUUUAAUUGACAGUAAUUUGCAUAAACGUUAAUAAUAGUAACUAUCUAUAUUUUAGAAAACUAUAUAAUAACUUAUUCAAUUUACUUCCCUCUUUAUAGUGAGGAAAGAGGGGAAGCAAAGUUUUGAAAAGGUAAUAAAUAUGAAUAUUUGUUGGCUUAUAAAUAAUCUUUACAAGACUUUGCAUCUUCUUUCUUAGUAUCGCUAUUGGUAGAAAAAUGUAAAAAAAAA